UAACGGAGGAAGUAAUGAACUAAUUUUGAUUCGUUUUUGUUACUAUUAAAGUUACACCAUCAGAGAGAGAGGGUAACUGGGCUGUCCUAUUGGAGGCGCGAGAGUUACACUGGCAGUUGUAUUUGGAUGCUGCAAAUACUCCUGGGCUGAAUGACAUAUCAAUUUCUCGUUUGAUGUUGAACAAUGAUCAGAAAUGCCUUUCCUUGAUGGUAAAGGAGCUUUGUUUGUGCAUUUUUUCUCUGAAUUAAGGAACUUCCCACCAUUGCUGAAGUAAUUUAAAAAUGUGCGAUAUUAAAGGGCUGCAGCAGACUAUAGUUAACCCUUCUCCACCAGAUUACUUGAAUCCCAGAAGACCUGGACGUUUGACAAACCAGCUUCAAUAUUUGCGGAAAGUAGUGAUGCCAGCUGUAUGGAGACACAAUUUUUCCUGGCCUUUCCAACAACCUGUAGAUGCUGUAAAGCUGAAUAUUCCUGAUUAUUAUACCAUCAUUAAGAAUCCAAUGGAUCUAAAUACAAUCAAGAAACGUUUAGAAAAUCAUUAUUAUGGGAAAGCUACAGAAUGUUUAGAAGAUUUCAAUACAAUGUUUACAAACUGUUAUGUGUACAACAGGCCAGGUGAUGAUAUUGUUCUCAUGGCCCAAACGUUGGAAAAGCUUUUCUUACAGAAGGUGGCACAGAUGCCUCGGGAAGAGAUAGAAGUGCCUAGGCUGAAUACCAAAAUGGGGAAAAGAAAAGCAGCAAAAAGUGAUCAAUACAUGUCUUUGUUAGCUAAUGCUACAAAACUGAAGCCUGCUUCCGUGCAAGUAUUUGAAACAAUAAAGCAACAGUCAGUGACAAAUGUGAUCCCCCAGACACCUUUGUCUACCAGGCAGACAGUUUCUUUUGAUCCACUUAUGCAGCCCAUAAUGAAAACUAAAUCAGGUGUAAAGAGGAAAGCAGAUACUACAACCCCUACCACUUGUCUCAUCAGUACCAGUAGUGAAUCUUCACCAACUUCUGAAGUGCACAAGUCUUCUAAACAGACUUCCAAAAAGGGAACCAAACCACGGGUUAAACCUUGUAAACAAAGUGUGCCUGACUCUCAGCAGCAGUGUUGGAAAAAACAGAAGUUAUCAGGACAGUUAAAGUUUUGCAGUAGUAUACUUAAAGAAAUGCUGUCAAAGAAGCAUGCAGCAUAUGCAUGGCCAUUUUAUAAGCCUGUUGAUGCUGAUGGUUUGGGUCUACAUGAUUAUUACAGCAUUGUAAAACACCCAAUGGACCUCAGCACUAUAAAGAGAAAAAUGGACAACAGAGAAUACAAGAAUGCCCAAUCAUUUACAGCAGAUGUUCGAUUAAUGUUUAUGAAUUGCUACAAAUACAAUCCUGCAGAUCAUGAAGUUGUAGCUAUGGCAAGAAAACUCCAGGAUGUGUUUGAGAUGCAUUUUGCAAGCAUUCAGGAUUUGCCAGCUGCAGAGUCUGUUACUUCUGAGACCAAUAAGUCAUCUUCAUGUAAAAGCAGCAGCAGCAGUAAUAGUAGCUCCACAGACAGUGGAACCUCGUCUGAAAAGUCUGAAGAUGAGACUUCAAAACGUCUUCAAGAACUUCAGAAACAGCUUAAAGCUGUACAUGAACAGCUACAAGCACUUACUCAAGCCCCUUUAUCCAAGCGAAAGAAAAAAAAGUUGAAAACAAAAAAAGAAAAGAAGAAAAAAGACAAAAAGGAACAGCACACGGGUGAAAAGAAAAAAAAAAAGAAGUCAAAAAAAGCCUUGCAAGAAAAGAGUCGAUCAAAAAAGAAGCAAUGGGUGCCAUCUGUUUGUGACUCUGAAGAUGAAGCAGAUUCAAAGCCAAUGACAUACGAUGAGAAGAGGCAGUUAAGUCUUGACAUAAAUAAACUUCCUGGAGAAAAACUUGGGCGACUAGUGCAUAUAAUUCAGUUAAGAGAACCUUCAUUGAAGGACACAAACCCAGAUGAAAUAGAAAUUGACUUUGAAAUGUUAAAACCUUCCACCCUAAGAGAACUGGAGCGAUAUGUUGCAUCUUGCUUGAGAAAAAAAAGAAAGCCACGUGCUAAAAAUGUCAAUGUCGGAGAGGAGCCUCAGACUGUGCAAAAACAAGUGAUGGAGAAACAAUUACAUGUCAGUGGACAGAUACCUUUUCUGAAGGAACAAAGAGCAAAAUCUGAAACAGAAGCAUUUGGAGGGGUAUGUGGACCAUCACGAUUAAGUGAGAGCAGCAGUAGCACUUCCCACAGUACAUCUAGCAGCAGCAGUAUUUCUAGCUCUUCUGAUAGAGACUCUGAAUCAGGUUAGAUGCUAUCUUCAGUACAUUGCUAUGUAGCCAGAAGCAUCUAGUUGAAUCAUGAAGUAUCAGGAUAUUGUCUUUGCAAAAGAAUGUCCUUCAACAUGAUGGCAAUAAGCAUCAACACCUGUAUAAGUCUUUACCUUCCAGGUUGCCAAGCAAGCAAUAUUUACUUUGUGAAUAUUGAACUGACUGCCGUAAAAUGCGUUCCUAAUUUAAAUUUUUUUUUAAAAAAAAAAUGUUAAUUUUUUACUUAAUGUAGUCCAUUUUAGUUAUACGGGUCUUUGUUUAUGAAAUGCAGAAGGCAACUAGAAGUGUAUAGUUAUCAAGUUAAGACAGUACUUUAAAGAUCACUUGGUCCUUUUAAGUUAUUAAAUUAAGUUUGUUUAUGA